AUGGAUUUAAGCACUGGCAUCAACUCAGAAAAUUUUAAAACUAAAGAAAUUUGCCUUGCUCCAAUGCUUGAUGUCACAACUGCCAACUUCAGGCGAUUCGUAAGAUUAACGUCGGAGCAUACAAUAUUAUUUACAGAGUUAAUAGUUGCAAAUACUGUAAUUCAUAUCGACAAAGAAAAGCUUAUUGAAAGACUUGGUGAUAUCGAUGAACGAACAGUUGUACAAAUCGGCGGUUCGGACGUAAACGAAAUUGUAAAUGCGAUUUGUGUUUUAAAAGACGUGGGGUGUAAACAUUUUAAUCUGAAUGUAGGAUGCCCAAGCACAAGAGUGCAGAAAGGAUGUUUUGGCGCAGUACUUAUGAAAAAUAAAGAAUUAAUAUCAGAAAUUAUUAAUUCUGUGUAUAAAAAGUGUGAUAUAGUACUUUCGUUAAAAAUACGUACAGGAGUAGAUAACUAUGAUACAUACGAAUUUUUUCGUGAUUUUGUCCAUUUUUUAGUGAAAAAUACACCAGUAAAAAAGUUUUACGUACACGCUAGAAAAUGUUGGUUGCUAGGGUUAUCCCCCAAGCAGAAUAGAAAUAUUCCACCUCUUAAUUAUAGCUUUGUCUACAAAAUUAAAGAAGAAUUUCCGCAUGUUUUAUUUAUACUCAACGGUGGAUUAAAAAAAAUAGCAGAUUUUAAUAAAUUAUUUUGUAAUAAUAAUUUAACUUUAGAUGGAAUAAUGAUUGGUAGAGAAGCUAUUAAAAAUAUUUUAGUGUUUAGAUCCUUUGAAAAUUAUUUACAUGAGUCAUCACAAGAUACUAUUUUUUCAGUAGUAAAAAAAUAUUUAAAUAAGUUUGAAUUAUCUAAACCUAUAACAUUUAGAAUUUUAAAUCCUUUACAAAACAUUUUACAUGGACAAAAGGGUACAAAGAAAUGGAAAAUAUUUUUAAACGAGUCAGUUCAUAAAAAAAAACUGACUGUAUCAGAUUUUAUAGACGAGAUUGAAUCAUUGGGAUUAUCAGACAUUUAG